AUGGAAUAAGUAAUUUAAGUCACAACAUCCAAUUAUUCUGAAAAAGUCAAUAAGGAAGGAAAGGCAGCCUUGAUCUUUGUUGGAGACAUUCUAGCUGAAACUGGUUAAUCAUGGUGCUCUGAUACUGUUGAGGCUGAACCCACCAUCAAGAAUUAUGCAAUUCCGCAAUUGUUAUAGAAAGGAUACUCAGUAUAUUGGUGUUGGGCAGGAGAUAAGGAAACAUGGAAAGAGCCAAAUAACCCUGCUAGAGUGUCUGAGUGGAUUUAGAUUAAAUCAAUUCCAACUUUAUUGUUGGUCCAUGACAAUAAGGAGGCCAUUAGAUUUGAAGAGGAAUAAUUGUUCACUGAAAAUGCAUUGAAAUAAUUCUUAGAGUAAUGA